AGGCGGCGAUGGAGGAGGAGCAGCAGGGGCGUCGCCUUGGGGACGGCACCGACCGAGAGGAGGAGGUGGGUCGUGGAGUGGCAGUGCGACUGGUGCUCGAGUUGAGCUCGUCCAGCUCGGGCGAGGAGGAGGAGAGCCAGGGAUCUGUCGAGGUGACGAGAGGCGUGGGUGGAGACCGCGAGGCGAGGGUUUCGGAGAGCCGUGAUGGCUUGGAGGUGAAUGGCGGCGAGGCGGAGAGCCAGUGCCUUCCCGGCUGCCCCAUUUGCAUGAGCGCGUGGACGGCGGAUGGCGUGCACCGCGUCAGUUGCAUUCCUUGUGGACAUGUCUAUGGCAGAUCUUGCUUAGAGAGGUGGUUACUACAAUGUGGGAAGAAAACUGCAACGUGUCCCCAAUGUGGCAGGAAGUUUCAACAAAAGCACAUUAUCAACCUCUACGUACCAGAGAUUUAUGUUCCAAAUAAUGAUCUCGAAAAGCAAGUAUUGUCAUUGAGGGAAAAAAAUGAAUCUCUUGAGAAGCAAAAUCAAGAAUUAGUUGAAGAGAUAAAAGAGCACAAGAGGCAGAUUAUGUUGCAGCAACAUUUCAUAAAUGAAUCAAGCUUAAAGAGACAGAGAAUGGCAGAUCAAUCACCAUAUGGAACAACAGAUGGAGAUUCGGUAGCAUCACUUACGGUAGACGAUGAUCAUUACAAUCCUUCCAAAUUUAUUCUCCAGAAUGAGUUAUUUCUUGAUGGAGCUCGAGUCAUGGGCAUAGAUGCAUCUAACCAGAUUAUAUUCGCCUCUGGAAGAGCACCUGGAAAUGGUGCUGAACAUGUCCUUCUAAAGAUCAACAUGUCUAGACAGGGAUUGCAGAAAAUUCACCUUCCGCCUGAUACCAAAGCUAUUAGGGACAUCUGUAUACUGCCUGAGGGCCAUGCUGUUUUUGCAUCACUAGGCAAGAAAUUGUCGCUUUUAAGCAUGACAACCAACAGUAUCGUCCUUCAAUAUGAUCUACCGGCUCCUGGCUGGUCAUGUACAGGCGAUCAAAAUAAUUCGAAUCACAUUUAUGCUGGACUGCAGAAUGGCAUGCUUUUGACCUUUGAUAUUCGCCAAACUGCUAAACCCUUGCAUUCCAUGAUCGGUCUAUCUGCACACCCAGUUCAUACAGUCCACUCUGUCGCAGAUAGCAGUGUUUCCAGGAAGGUCCUUUCUGCUUCUUCUAUAGGACCCUGCAUUUGGGAUGUUGAUGGGAGCAGAAACAGGCCAGAUUUGCUAUGUGGAAUGGAAAGUCUAGGAGUCUGUAUCUCUCUUGCAUGCAACCCUCCAUCUAGUGAACUCCUAGUGGCUUCCUUCCGGCCAAGAGUCGAGUUGUCCGACGAUGGCACAUCUCAAGCUGGUAAAUCACAGUCACCGACACCCUCUGCAUCAGGGAAGCUAGGUUGCCAUGCACUCAUAUGGAGGACAAGCGACACGUCCUUCGCCAGAGACCAAAUCUGCAAAGGCAACGUGAGCGGAUUGCGGAUGUCCAGAUCGGCAAUCAUACCCUGCACCAGAAGCGAUCAACAUCUCUUCGCCUACGGCGACGAGUCGCUGUGCGGAGUCCGGACUUGGCGGCUGCCUUCGUUCCAGACACAUACUGAUCUCAGGCCUCACCGGCAGCCGAUCCUUGACUUGAGAUUUGCAGAGAGCUCGACAGGGGACAGAUACCUUGGGUGCUUGAGCGAGGACAGGUUGCAGGUUUUCAGAGUAACGUAGCAACAUCACAGACAGCCAUUGACUUGCAGUUUCGUUGUUUCUGGUUAGUUUUGUUGUGCAAGCAAAAGCAAGGUUUGUGAUCUUGCUCUGUACAGUGAUCUCUAGAGCAGAUAUCUGGUGCAUAACAUCAUGUGUGAUUUGUUUUAGGUGGAGAAACCAUGUAUUGUUUUGUAUCAUGAGUGGUUGAACCUGCCACAAAAAUCAAAGGCACAGUUUGGUAGUGAUAUGUCACACCAUUGGUGCUCA